ACGUUGUAGAGAGUUCGCCUGAAAUUUUUUAUUUAUUAUAUGUACAAGUACAAAUUGUGAAUUUAAACCGGCUGUAAAUAAAUAAUAAAACGGAAAAAUGAACGUGACAUGCGCAACAAAAAGAUUAGGACGACUGUGCAAACGAUUUGUAAACACCGAGGUGAAGAGGUGUCACAACAGACCGCGGUGGAUAAAGCCGGUUGGUUACGAGACCAAAGUGUCCGUGUACAAUCCGAUGACAAAAUGCAAAGUGCCGUUAAUUUUGCAAACGGAAAAUGUCUUGAAAUGGUACAUGUGCGGUCCCACAGUCUACGAUUCAGCGCACAUUGGUCAUGCGACAACUUACAUAAAAUCGGAUAUUGUUCAUCGAAUUCUGUCAGAUUACUUCAACAUAGAUGUGUUGAUGGUCAUGGGUAUAACUGACAUUGACGACAAGAUCAUUAAACGUGCCGCCGAAAGUGGAAAGGAUUUCAGAGACUUGUCGAGACACUUUGAAGCUGAAUUCUUUACAGACAUGAGUAAUCUGAAUGUUCGUGAACCGUUUUUGUACUGUAGAGUUACAGAUUAUGUGCCACAAAUCAUUCAGUUCAUUGAGAAGCUUGUAGCCAAUGGUUAUGGCUAUGUUACGAAAACUGGCUCUGUUUAUUUUGAUAUAAGUAAAUAUGACAAAUAUGGUAAACUGACAGUUCCUAUUGAGGACACUGCGUCAAGUCAUGCAGAAAAAAGAUCACCAUUAGAUUUUGCUUUGUGGAAAACAGCAAAAGAUAAUGAGCCAUCUUGGAAGUGUCCAUGGGGAUGUGGCAGACCAGGAUGGCACAUAGAAUGCAGUGCAAUUGCUAGCACAAUCUUUGGGAAUUCUGUAGAUAUACACAGUGGUGGAAUGGAUUUGGCUUUUCCGCAUCAUGAAAACGAAGAAGCGCAGUCGUGCUGUUAUCACAAUAUUGAUCAAUGGGUCAAUUAUUGGUUUCAUUGCGGCUUCUUGACUCUGAGAGAUAUAAAGAUGUCAAAAAGUCUGAAAAACACCAUAAGCAUACAGGAUUACCUUGAAAAGUACUCGGCAAAUCAUCUAAGAAUGCUUUGCCUUCUUUCCCAUUAUCGAAAUGGUAUUGAAUUCUCAGAGAAAGUCAUGCAAAAUGCGGUGGCGGUGAUUAACAAAUUCGAUAAUUUUUUAAGUGACUGCGAUAAUUUCAUUGCUGGAAGAUUUAAAGGUGCCAAAAUUGAUGAAAAUAUUUUGCUCGCAACUUUACAUGAUACAAGAAAUGAAGUUUCGUUAGCACUGGCAGAUGACUUUGAUACAUCGAAGGCGAUGCAUGCCAUUAUAAAUCUUAUUGGGGUGGGAAACAAAAUGCUUUAUCAAAACGACACAGCGCCUGAUAAUAACGGCGUAGGCGCUAUCGCCGUGGUCUCAAAUUAUAUCUCGAAUUUUCUCUCAAAACUCGGCAUCUCGCGAUCCACAGUAUCAACGGCGGAAAACCGACAAGUCGAAGACAUUAUUAACAAUUUUAUAAACUUUAGAUCAGUUGUUAGAAUGAGAGCACUCGAGCAAAGUCCCAAAGACACGGUCUUGCUAAAGGAAUGUGAUAACGCUCGAAAAAGUUUGUCUAUCUGCGGAGUUAUAGUCAAGGACCAGCACGAUACUUCCAGUUGGAGUUGGAAAUAGAGUGUAAAAAUUAUUAAUUACAUUAAAAUACAAAUGUAUAUUACAACA